AUGGGUUGGAAUGUGCCUGGCCAGAAGGACGACGGUCGUCGGGACGUCGCCAAAGACCUUUCGAGACUGGCUCAGAUGGAGAGGCUGGUGGAGGAGCUCCAGAAGCCAGACCAGGGACCGACACCUCCACAGCAAUAUGUUCCGACCGCCAGUGAGGCGGCAAAGGCAAGUGCCUCAAAUGCCUCACCCCUGGCGACGACGUCGUCAAACAACCCAUCGCCCCUGUCCAGGCGUAAGGCUAGUAGUGCAAGCCCGUCUUCCGGAAACCCUGACAACUAUCCAUCGCCGCCAUCAGCUACUUCGUCAGCCUCGACCGGAGCAAGACCGUAUUACAUUGGGGCUCCUGACGAAAGUACGAUAAUCGCAGCAGGUCUGGGUCAAAUCGAGCUUCUCAUUGGCGAUUCGAGGUUCAGCAAUGCCUUGAAAGCUAUGCAACCAAAGGUCGUGUAUGGCAAUGUUCAGCCGUAUCUUGAACCUGCCGACACGAAUCAUCCUCUACCUCCAAACCAUGUCAUUAUGGAAUGUGUCAACGUGGGUCUCAGUAUCAAAACGGUGCAGUCACUGAUUCAAUCCAACCUAGAUUAUUUCGUGACCAUGAACACUGGCAUACGACUGUUCCAGGAGCACGAGGUACGAGCAGCUCUCAAGUCUUACUUCCAGGGCCAGCCGCCGGCGGAUCCAGGUUGGCGCAUGGCGGUCAACGUUAUUAUUGCCCACACCUUACGCAAGAGGAAUGGCAUGCGGAAUAGGGAAGAGUAUCAAAAAUACAUCCACAAUGCGCUGGGAAUGGUACCCAAUAUCAUCUUGCGCACACCAUCGCCUCUGGCGAUUGGGGCAUUACUGUCAACAGUUCUUUACUUCAGCUUCACAUCUGAGAACCAUAUUGCGCUCACCCUCAUGGGUCUCACGGUCCAGCUCCUCUUGAUGGCAGGCUAUCAUCGGCCAGAGCCGGACGUGACUUUUGCGCGCCCUCAACAGCUCAUCCCUACAGAACACCUCCACCGCCGUCGUCUCUUCUGGCACGCAUACGUGAUCGACCACGAUCUUAUGCUGCGGAUCGGAAAGCCUGCCCUCAUUAGCGAUGACUUCCUCCUGGACCUCCCCGAAGAGCACCCAUCCGAUGGGUACAGCAUGUACUACUACCCCAACGACGUGACGCUCAACUUCUUCCUCGAGCAGGUCCGCCUUGCCCAGAUUCAGGGGCGCAUUUCCACGACGUUGUACUCUCGCAGCGGCCUUCCUGCGGCCGAGCUUGAGGCCGAGAUCCGCCGUCUUGAUAACGAGCUGACAGAAUGGCGUCAGAGCAUCCCUCCGAUGAUCCGCGCCGACAACGUCGAUGCCCUGCUUGACGGCGACUACUCUAGGCUGGUGUGUCUGACGACGUUGCACUUCACCUACUUCCAACUCGUUGUCGCGAUCCAUUCUGCGGCCUUCCGGCUACCCACGCUGGAGGAUCAAGAGGGAGUAGAAGCCGGUGAUAUAGGCCCCAGUCUGGCGCUUUGCGUGAGCGCAUCGCGUGCUGCCAUAUCUCUGCUGAACUACCAUCAGAUCGAGCACCCAUACACGCCCUACCUGCUCUAUCAAAUCGCUUGGAGCGUUGACAUUUUGUUCGUCAAUAUUCUCCAGAACAAAAGCAACCCCCGAGCUCGCCGUGAUCUCGACCUAAUUCGCACUGUCAUUUCCUUCUUCGAAAAGUACGACCCGUACCACCAGAGUGUCAUCUCGUAUCAAAUCAUCAAGGUCAUCGCCGAUGUUGCGGCUACGGUCCUGGCAAACACCCCGACCUUGCCUCCACACAUGCUUCCCGUUCAGCAAGUCCCACUCCCGGCCCCGAGUAUGCCGAUGAUGCCCGGCUCCGCGGGUGCGAUGCAGGGAGUCUUCUCUCCCCAGAUGUCCGGACCAGGAACGGCCCGUAGCGGUAGUAUAACCGGAAGCACCCCCGAUGUCCUCGGUUCCAUGACAAGUCUUUCCAUGGCGGACCAGCAGCAGCAACAACAAACGUCACCAUUCAUGGACUUGUCAACAGGAUUAGCGUCGCCCAAUGACGGUCAGCUCUUCCCCGGAUUUAUGGAUAUGGCCGACUGGAGACUACCGAUGGAUUAUCAGCCAGAGCUGUGGCAAUACGACAAUCUCCUAGACAAUCGGUUUCCCAACAACCAAAAUUAA